AUGUCCGCUGGCUUGGCGCUGUGGGCCUACGAGGGCUACCGCAACAUGCUGGACGUGUACAGCGUGCCGUUGAUGAACGUGUCGCUGUUUUGGCCGCUCGACGCCAAGGUGAGCCUGGCGCGUUCGUCGGCGCGCGCCAACGUGGCCCAGCUGCUGCGCGAGGUCAACAUUGGCAACGACGGGAGCGCGCCUGCCCUCGAAGCCGACCGCACCGCCUCGGUGCAUGACGCCAAGCAGAUCAAGGAGGUGCUGCACGAACUCGUUGGACCUCUCCAAGUGGAGCACGUCCAUACGCACCUGUGCCACGGGCCUACUCAGCAGCCGGUCGCGACACGCGACGGCGCUAUCGCGACACGCGACGGCGCGUCGACGUCGACGAGGUAA